CAGAAUGACAGCUUGAAGUGUAUGGGGGGACUGAAACUUCUUUAGUGGAACAACAAGUAACAAUUCGACCUUGAACCUUGAAGUCAAGUUACAGUUUAUGACACCGCUUUUAACCAGCUCGGACUCACCAAUCAACUCUUCAUGAAUAUGAUGUUUCGUUAAUUUGGAAUAUCAAGGAUUUCAUAUACGCCGAGAUUUCCUGCGCCAGAUUACAGGCCAAGCUAUGGGCGAUACAAUCUCCGGUCAAUAAUACACGUGAUUGGGUAAUUAUGCCGUGUAGAUUGAAGAUGUUAUCUUAUCCCAUGGUCAAGCGAAUGGACAUCGGCGUUGUGGUCAUUUUGACCAGUCUUCUGUCAUCUUCAAUCACUCACGGACAAUCAGGAUACGUGACAUUUGAGGGGGACAUCACCAUUGACGACCCCUUGACCUUCUACAGGCGAGGUGACAACGUGUCCUUCACCUUUAACGCCACCAUUAAUAUCACAGAUGUCAUAGGCAGUGUGAACAUUACUAUCAGAUCACCAACACUCAAGUUCUCCAACUCUACACCCUCUGUUCAAUGGACCCUAAACGGCCUUGAACUUGAUUCUGACACUGGGUCAAAGCCUCUUAUUGAUUCCACCUCAAACACGGUUGUCGAUGAAGCUGCGGACGUCGAUGGCAUGUACCACAUCUUUCUUCUCAAUGUCAAGGCCAACAAAUGGGUCUUCAAUGGGACAUGCGCAAUGACAGUUAACGAUGACGUUGGUCCUGGUCGUCGUGUUCAGACGUUCCUGGACGUCGCGACCCCGAUCCUGGAAGGGAACGCUACAUCACUAGCGACCAUAUACUCCAACUACCGUUACACACCACCUUUACACGCGAAACUCAAUCCCCCUCCGUCAAACAUUAUUGGUAUACGGGAGACACUCGAAGGAAACGUGUCCUUGACCUUGACCGAGGAUAACGUUGAACCUCUGGUCGAAAUCAUCACCGUGUACGAAAAUACAUCAAGGGAGGUAAUGCUUACCAUCACGGCCAUGGAUGUGAAUGGUACUUACGGAUUUAAUGACGACGUCACUGACGUAAUCACACAUGUGAAACCGAGGCUCAAGUCAACGCUGAGCUCAUAUCAACGUGAUAUAGGGUCAGUUCAGUUACCUCUGUUGAUUAGCAAUGGGUCUGCUGGUUCCGGGGUUGCUGUAAAAUUCGUGCUUCGACUGGAGGACUAUGCCAAUAUGUCGGACGGGGACGUGUUGACCGUCGGCGCUGGGGUCAAGUUCGGGAACAGCAUGAUAAUGAUGUCAAAGAUGAACCUGACCGUUAAGGCUCCUGACGCCGACAGCAGACGUCCUGACCUUGACCUUCAUCUUACUACCUCUGCGGCCUGUGCUGGACAAGACACAAACUACGUGGACAUGCAGGUGUCAAUCGCUCAUGGGGAAAAGUCUAACGCAACGGCGUACGACAUUGAGGUCAUCGUCUUCCCUCUGCCGUCCAUGACGUUCCUCUCCGCCCCCGGGAUCGCCCCCAGAGACUACUCAUACCUCGUGACCGACACAGGCCCGUAUCUCCGAAUAACGCUUGGUCGAUUGACGUUCAGCGACCCAGCCUUAAUAGUGCUGAAGAUGAGCGUGCAGAUGAAUGAGAGCAACGUCCGUGACGCCACCCACUACACCGUGCCCGCUCAAAUCACAAACUUCAACGACCGUUGGGACCGCGGUGUCGAUACAGUCGCGCCUUUGGAGUAUUUGAGCGUCAAACUCAACAAGAAAUGCGCUGAGCGUUACACCUGGACGUAUGGCUCUUCGUGCACGUGCGCGUUCGACUCCAACAGGACCGACUGCGGCUGCUGCAUCGAUCACAACUCCGUCAACGUCGUCCAGUGUGGAGAGGUCAACCCUUCUCUGUGUGUUCCUGACGAUCGGCGGUGGCUCUGCUCCAGGUCCACUCGGGGAUUUACCAAUCGGAGCAAGAUUGAUGGUGUUAGUGGGGAGAGCUACGAGUGUGACGCCAGCCAGAAAUACAGCCGCCAACCAAACUCUCAGACAUCUUGCUUCAAGGAGUCCGCUGACGGUUUCAGAGAAAUCCACCCAAUCGUUGGUGUUAUAGUAGGGAAGGACGCGGCAACUAACACCCUGUAUGGAGUUUCCAGUACCGGAACUGCUCACAUUAUCAGCGAGGAUGCUGGGAAAACGUGGUAUACGAUCCGAGAAAGUGUCUUCCUGAGAGCAAGUUCUGCCGCCUCGUAUAUAUCCGCCGCUCUCACCUGAAUACCCUGUGUCAUUAAUCAUAAUUAAACAUUUAUUUUAGAUUCUUACACACGAAGGCCCUGUAAUUGGAUAAAAAUGUCUCG